CAGUUGAAUUUUUUUAUUCCCUUUUCAGAGGAUCAGGCGGGAGAUGGUUUUUUACGCCUAGUUUUGUUGUGACGACAAAAAAAACUCUUCCGUUUUCUUUUCGUGGUGUUUAUGAGUUCGCUUUUCUUUUGUGUAAAAGCCUUUUUUUGUCGUUGUUGGAUUUGUUUUUGAUGAGUUUUUGCGCCGAAUAGCUCCAGUGGAGGACAAAAGAUGAGCCUGCUUCUCUCUGAGCGGCCUGUUGAGCUUCCUGCUGAGGUCCCUGAGGCAGAGAGUGAUUCAGACAGUGGAGUGGGUUCACCCAUGGACGAGGGUGUGACUGAUGCCGCCGCCGCUGCUGUCGUUCAGGCUGAAGAAGCUCAAGAUUCAGACGAUGACAUUGUCAUCAACCGGAAGCCCCGUUCCCGGAAGGUUCUCCAGGACAGCGACAGUGAGAAGGAUGAAGCCGUGGAAGGUAUAGCUGAAGCUGUGUUGCUGUCAGAGUCCAGCGGCGAGGGGACGAAGGCCAGUGAAGACGAGCGACCAAAAGAGAGCCGGGGAAAGAAAAUAUCUCGUGUUGUCAUGUCCAGUGAUGAGAGUGAGCCAGAAGAUGAGCUUCAAGGAAAACCUAAGGGAGAGACCAAAAAGAGGGGGAAGUCACAGCGACACAAAGAGAAAGAACAGCGCAGAAGUGCUCUGGUGAAACAACUGAAAGAGAAGAUGAAAACUUCUGAAGAGUCCCCUUUGCCCAAGGCUUUCAAUGACAGUGGUUGUCUGCUGGCUGAUAAUGACCUGUUUGAUGCUCAGCUGGAGGAGGAUACGGCAGAGGGGGUGAUUGAGGAAGAGGAGUCUCUGGAUGCUAUCAGAGCUGCUGUGAAAAAGAAGGCCAAGAACAAGCCCCAUUUAGAUGACUCUGAAGAGGAUGAAGGGCAGGAAGGCAAACCCCAGCGCAAGGAGAGAAAAGCAGCAAGGGCGAGUAAGGAGGCAAUGAAACAGCUCCACAGUGAUAGCCAGAGGCUUGUUAGAGAAUCUGUAGUAGGACUACCAUACCAUAUGCCAGAACCCAAAGGCAUAGACCAGUUCUUCAAGAGAAGAGUUCGUCCUGACAGGCCUGCUAUGACGUUGCUGAAAUCUGCCAAAUACCAGGCCUACAUUAUCGAAGCGUCUUCAGCAUCCUCUACUACACAAAACCAGUCUGAGGCACCAGAACAGAACCUGAACCCACAGGCUGAUCUGAAUGAGCCUGAUCCAGUCAGCUGUUCCCAACAGGAUGGUGCUGCAAAUGAACAUGAUGCACAAACUGCUAUUGAAGCCAUUGAAGACAAAUCAGGGGUUGCAAGUGUUGAGCUCCAGAAGCCAGAGGUCAUGGAGGAAGAGUGUGCUCUUCCUUCUGUGGACAUGUCUGAGAGUUCUGAACCUCCUCAAGAGGAUCAUAUGGUGCCACAGGUUCAGCAGACUAAGUCUGGGGCAGGGCAGUCAGAACAGGAUGGCUCAGCACUGGCUGACCAAGGAACGGUAGUGCCUAAACCCAAGAAGGAUAAGCUGGCCAGAUUGCGUGAGCUGGGUUUUGAGCCUCCUCCUGUAGCAAGGCUGUGUGCUGAUGAUGGAGCAUUUGUCCAGCUGGAGCCGCAGCAGGCUAACCCUGGUCUAGAGGCUCUGAAAGAACGUUUUCUGAGGCAUGUCCAGCCUGCGCCACGAUCUAAAGGAGAGCGAUCGCUUCAUGUAAACGUGGUGAGGAAGGACAGCACUGUGCCCGGACAGGAGGAGCUGUGUGUUGAAUCCAUCACUGUCGCAGUCAAUGACGAGGAAGAGGAGCCUACACACAUGAAGCCAGGAGAGAAGCUGGUUUUACUGAAGUCUCGUCUGCAGCAAGCUAUGGCUAUCCGCCGGAAGGAAGAACGAGAGCGUCGAGCUGCCCUUCAUCGCCUGGAUAAUGAAGUCUGUGAGGAGGAGGAGGAGGAAGAGGAGAUGACGGAGUCCGAAGAGGAAGAGGGUGUUGAGGAGUUGUUGGGUGAUGGUGAAGAGGAAGCCAACGAAGCUGAAAAUGAGGAAGAGGCAGAGGAAGCUGAAAGAGGCGAUACAUCCAAACGAAGUUCCUCUCCUGGUUUUAAAAGUCCAUCUCCAUUCCCUUACACUGACGGCACACUGAUGCUGUUCGCGGGCAGCUCGUGCUCUAGAACAGGGGAUGGUGUUAGGCAGUCUGGCCAAGCCAAUCAUGAAAAUGACAGCAAAAUGGAAGACGAGGAUGGGCUUUCCUUGACCAAGGACAAUAGCCAUAACAGCAGCUUCGAACUGACGAGCUCCACACUCCCAUCAUACCAGCCGGUGAGCCGCGCCACAGGCAAAGGUCUUUCUGCAGCCAUGUUCCGUUCACCUUCGCCCUGCUUCUUCAGACCCAGUUUCCUCAGCUCAGCCUCCAAGAGCUCUGGUAAGCUGUCUGAGCCGUCCCUCACUCUCCCUGUGGAGGACUCGCAGGACCUUUAUGGUGUUCCGUCUUCUGAAGGUGGGGACUCUCAGGGCCCCUUCUCGCAGGAGGACACACAGUCACAGCUGUUGGAUGCAGACGGCUUCCUGAACGUGGGGCCCCGUGGUGGCCAGAGCUGCUCUCACAAACGCCAGCUGCUUUUAGAUAACCUGGAUGAAAACGCCAUGGACGCCAACAUGGGUGAAUUGCUGGGGCUCUGCUCAGGUGGCUUUGGCUCAGCGGAACGGAGUCAGCCAGGAGGUGAGGAUGAGCUGCUGGGCCUGUGCUCUGGUGCGUUCUCCACCCAGCCUGGAGAAACCGGCAGACCCAAAGAGGAAACUGCAGCCGUGGAGACAAAACUCACAGUCAGAGAGGGUUCCGGGAGCUCGGACACAGACAUGGACCAGCUACUUUCUCUCUGCUCAGGAAAAUUCCCAGGCAGUCCUGCUGCUUCUCCAGUGCAACCAGCCGCAAGCCCCACUCUUGAUGAACCUGACUGUAAGAGCAAGGAGGCGGAAGGGGAAGAAGACAAUUGUGAGUUUCGGCUUUUGUCGGAUGUUGACAGCAACAGUGAGAAGGAGGAGGGCGAGGAAGACUCUGAUGUUGACGGAGAGAUAGGUGAUGAGGUGGAUGAUGAGGAGAGGGAGGCGGUAUUCGGGCGACAUCCGGGUAAAAAGAUACGCAUGACUGACUUUGUGGACUCUGAGGCCGAGCUGUCGGGCAGUGAUGUCGGCAGCGAGGAUGAAAGUGACGAAGGAGGUGAUGAAUAUGAAGAAGAGGAGAUACAGGAGCAACUCCCAUCGGAUGAGGAACUGAUGGACCAAGUAAACAAAAUCCACAUGAAGCAUGUCCUUGAUGACGAUAAGCGCAAAUUGCGUUUGUAUCAGGAGCGUUACCUAGCUGAUGGGGAUCUGCACUCGGAUGGACCUGGUCGAGAGCGCCGCUUCCGCUGGAAGAAUAUUGAUGAUGGCUUUGAGCUCGGGAUAACUGCUGAGGGGGAAGAGGAAGAGGAGGAAGAUGUGGAUCAGCAUGAUCUGCAAAGGCACAAGGAAAGACUCGAGAGAGAGCAGUGGAUGCGAGAGCAGUCUGAAACAUCGAAGAGAGGAGAAGAAGUGGAAGAGGAGGACAAGAUUGGAGAGGAGGACAGUCAGUUUAUGAAGCUGGCAAAGAAACUAACUGCUAAGGCUCUCCAGAAAAAAGAGACCUCUUCAGUGCCACUGCAAGAGAAACCAGUUUCUAACGCCAACCCUUUUCAGAAGCCCUGUAAACCUGUGGUGAAGAGAGGAUCUUUGCUCAGUCAGCCGCAGGCAGUAUUGCAGAAACUCGCCAACAUUUCAGACGGCAACCCUCUAGCACCGCGUAACACUCGAGGAUUCCUCUUCCAGACUUUGUCACCAGAAAAGGAGCCACCUACAUCUGCCAGCCCAAAGAAACAGUUUAAGAAAAGAGUACAAACAGACACUUUGGCACCUGUUGCAAAGCGACCAUGUCGAGAAAAUCAAGUGAAAUCUGCCGGACCUCCAAGGAGUAUUUUCAGCUAUUUUGAGAACUGAAGCCGUUUUGAAGAUUUGUGAUGUCACAGGCCUCCAACGAGCUGAUUUCUUAGUUUUGGCCAAAUCUCUUGUCGAUUCUGUCAUCUUAAAUUUGGCAACUGACUUGGUUUGGUUUGUGAUUCAACCUGUGCGUUUAUUUGUUUUAAAUGUUCUAUCGUGUAAAUAUUGUGAUUUUGUAAUUCUGUAUUUUUUUAUUUGUAAAAUUAUAAAUUAAAAGUUUAUUUUAA